CAUGGGGGGCGCAUUUAGUGUUCGGGGCAAGGGGGUGAGCCAAGUAGCAGGGGUCUCAACCCGCAGGCACCCCGCAGCCCUGCUGCAUUCUUUCAUUCAGCUAGCAUCUGCUGCCCCGUCCCCCAGCUCGGGGCCAGGCAGAACAGGCAGGCCCCUCCGCUCCUGGAUCUCACAGGCCGGCUGGGAAGCGCAGGAAACAGGCCAGCAGCUGUGGCACAGUCCUUGGCAGACAAAGAUGAGAAAAAUACCAAAUCAUGGGAACCUGCGGAUGACGAAGGUGGCGUACCCCUUGGGGCUGUGCGUGGGCCUGUUCAUCUACGUUGCCUACAUCAAAUGGCACCGGGCUUCUGCCACCCAGACCUUCUUCAGCACUGCUGGGGCGGCCUCAGGGGGCCAGUGGGGCCAGCAGGCCCACAGCUCCCCAGGGACAGCUGCACAUGGUCGUGAAGUCUUCUACGGAAUCAUGUUUGACGCAGGAAGUACUGGCACCCGUGUGCACGUCUUCCAGUUCGCCCGGCUGCCUGGAGAAACUCCCUCAUUGACCCGCGAAACCUUCAAAGCACUGAAGCCAGGUCUUUCUGCUUAUGCUGAUGAUGUGGAAAAGAGUGCACAGGGCAUCCAGGAGCUACUGGAUGUUGCUAAACAAGACAUCCCAUUUGACUUCUGGAAGGCCACGCCUCUGGUCCUCAAGGCCACAGCUGGUCUGCGCCUGUUACCGGGAGAAAAGGCUCAGAAGUUGCUGCAAAAGGUCAAAGAAGUAUUUAAGGCAUCACCUUUCCUUGUUGGGGAAGACUGUGUUUCCAUCAUGAACGGAACAGACGAAGGUGUUUCGGCCUGGAUCACCAUCAACUUUCUAACAGGCAGUUUGAAAGCCCCGGGAAGGAGCAGUGUGGGCAUGCUGGAUUUGGGCGGAGGAUCCACUCAGAUCACCUUCCUUCCGAGGGUUGAGAGCACUCUGCAGACCUCCCCGCCCGGCUACCUGACGGCGCUGCAUAUGUUUAACAAGACCUAUCAGCUCUACUCCUACAGCUACCUGGGGCUCGGACUGAUGUCGGCGCGGCUGGUGAUCUUGGGCGGCAUGGAGGGAAAGCCUGCUAAGGAUGGAAAGGAGUUGGUCAGCCCUUGUUUGUCUCCAGGUUUCAAAGGAGAGUGGGAGCAUGCUGAGAUAACAUACAGAAUUUCAGGACAGAAGGCAGCAGCGGGCCUCCACGAGCUGUGUGCUGGCAGAGUGACAGAGGUCCUUCAGCAUAAAGUGCACAGGACGGAAGAAGUGAAGCACGGGGACUUUUAUGCUUUUUCCUACUAUUAUGACCUUGCAGCCAGUGUCGGCCUUAUAGAUGCAGAGAAAGGAGGCAGCCUUGUGGUCGAAGACUUUGAGAUCGCGGCCAAGUACGUGUGUCGCACCCUGGAGACCCAGCCGCAGAGCAGCCCCUUUGCAUGCAUGGACCUCACCUAUGUCAGCUUGCUGCUUCAAGAGCUUGGCUUUCCCAGGAACAAAGUGCUGAAGCUGACUCAGAAAAUUGACAAUGUUGAGACCAGCUGGGCCCUGGGGGCCAUCUUCCAUUACAUCGACUCCCUGAGCAGGUGGAAGAAUACAGCCACAUAGCAGCCAGGCUGCCUGUCCCUGCCCCUGGUGGACCCCUUCCAUCCUGGACGUGAUUUCAACCCUGAGUAACCACAGCGAGAGCCGUGACCCCUCCCUGCGGCC